UCAUGCAAAAACGCGUUGAACGUAUCGAACAAAUCUAAUUUUAUUGAUUUUUGAGAUGCAUUAGCUCAAUUGUAUAAUUACCCUUUUUCUAUCAUAUUUGUUCAUUUCGUUGAAUAAAUGUUAUUUUUUUAAAUUUUUUAUCUAAUGUAGUUAAACUGAAUAAUUAUCCAAAUUAUGAUGGAUUACUUAAAAAAGCCAGUAUUUGUGGUAGGAGAUAUCAACGAAGAUAUCAAUCUGUCAUUGCCACCCUCUUCCGGAGAAGAGUACAUCAAACGAGUGGUAAUUGAAGCCAGACAAUGUGCAGAUGUAGUAGUGGCCAAUUUAGAUCCAUCAUGUGUAAAAAAACCUACAAAAGCUUAUGUAGAGACUUUAGCAGGAUGUGUUCAAGCACCAGCAAGUCUCAAGCCAACUGUGGAAUGGCAACAAUAUCAGGUUGCAGAUUUUUCUAAACUAAGAUUGUAUGUCAGCCAAUUGAAAGAUGAGAUACUAAUAGGCAAACGCAAGUGGAGGCCACCUGACAUUCAUUUUUUGCCAGACAUAAACAGUCAAAAUGCUUGGAUCAGCUUCUGUUUAGGUAGCAAAGAAAAAAUUGAGCCUACACUGAAUACUCUGUUUUGUUUUAGUCAAUCUAACACAGAACAGGUACUCGAAUAUCUGGUGCAAUUUGUGGAGACUGAAAGGAAAGUUGAAUACAAAAUAGGCCAGUGGAUCUAUGCAUUACUGGUGAUUUUGGAGCAACCACUACAGCCUGAUACUUGUUCCUGUCUACGUUCAUUGGCUCGAGCAUGUUCCAUCAUUCGUGUUGAUACUAGAGAAUUGGACGCGCAGGAAUUGGGAGCGUUGAACUUGUUCAUCUGUCUAGUAGCGAGAUACUUUCGUCAAUUAGACUUGGCAGAUCCUUGAUAAUUUCCUAUUGUGCA